AUAAAUUAUAAGAGUAACCUGUCCCUGUGAACGACGGGGUUCGUUGUGCUGUCGGCGAAUCUAGACUUGCCGAUUAUAAAGAUAAAGUCACCCUAUAUCCCUGGGUUAAUUGUUCAGUAGAGUCUUAGAGCAAGGCUAUCACACAGGCUGCAUGUCCGGAAGGAGACUCGCUUCCCAGAACAUCGAAUGCGGUGGUGAUACCCCAUUCCACCCAACACUGCCCACCCACUGGGGUCCUCGGUGGAACCCUGAACAAGCUGACCAGCCCUGGCCACAGUAUGUAACGAUGGAGCUGUAGACAUCGACGCCAUGGACACUGACUUCGUCGGGAUCGCCGAGGCGAGGAAGGGAGAACAGGGCGAAAGCAGACGACAACUGGAGGCGAAGUUCACCGGCUCGUCGUCUGCUCUUCUCAGAGGGCCUUUCGUCCAGCACAACUUCCUGGUCAGGUGUGGAAGAUGCCUGAGCACAUUGAACCCAGCCAGUGAUCAGUGUGAGAGAUUCUGGCGGAUAUUCCCAGCUGGCGGCUACUACUCACGUGCAGGUGAUGCGUGCGCAUUCGUCGCUUGGCUGGUCUUCAUCAUUAUACCAUUUAUUGCAGUAGGGGUUGGUUGUUUCUGCACAAACAACAUCAACAUCGUGAUCGCUGUUGUUGUCAGCCUAGCGAUGACGUCACAGCUAGUUAUGUCGUACGUGAUAUUCAAGAACGACAAGAAGUUCAAACGGUUGUGGUAUGUUUCUAAAGUGAACGUGGAACAAUAUCUCGGUUGGCAAAACCAGGUCAAGGACGUGAACUUGGAAAAUGUGAACAACCUUGACCUUUUGUCGGCUGGUAUACGCAAGAAUCUCAUCAAGAAAUUAGCCAAACAUCCAGAUGGCGUAACAGUGAUGAUAUACACAAAAUCUUUCUGGAAAUGCCAUGUGCUGUAUCCAGUUGUCUCCCUUAUAACGUUAUCCGCCCUUGACCUUGUGGCUCUGAUAGUUCAACUGGAAAUGAUGCGGAGGCCAGACAGUUAGUGAAGCACCCACCAAUCAAUGACACAUUCCGUCCACGGGGUGACAUCCAAACCAAGAGGUUCCCUUUCCUGACCAUGAACACACCUGCAUGAUCACCUGCAUAUUUCAGUGACCAUAAAACUGUUUGGUCUUCUGACGUUAGAUUUGUGGCUGUAGAUAUAGUCACAUCUGCCUUCAUCGUCUUGACCGCCAUGAGAUUACACUGUGAUAUUAAACUGAACACUUACACACCUGAUCUGAUGAUCAUCGGAUCAAAGCUCAGAACAUAUCAAUGACCUGAAUGUGCAUUACUGGACAACUGAUAUAUUUUUUCCUGUUGGAUAUGAAAGCAUUGACUGUCAGUAUAUUCUAAGAACAUUUUUUACGUUUUGUGUCGCUUUUGUCAGUGGGUACUUUAAGUAAAGGUCGCUAUUGGUUGAGUUAAAUUUCGUAUGAAAGGAUGUCCAUGUAGAGACUCUUUGUCAGAAGAUGCCCUUUGUGCCCAAAGUCUGGCGCCUAGAGGGAUGCCGGGUAGAACAUGCCCCCGUACCCAAAGACCGUCUCCCUGAAGGGAUGCCGGAGCAGAAUAUAGGUCCUUUAUAUCCUACACCAUGAGGAUCAUGAAGUCACACUGACCCUGACCUCAGACUGACUUCAUAGGUCACGUCGUCUAACAGCCGAGACAGGAUAAUCCUCAGAUUGCCGAAUUUCAGGGAAGACAUUGCUGACCAAAGCGUAAGACACAUUUACUCAAUGACAUGGAACUUUCAUUCUAAAACCAACUGCUGUGAAGAGGUUUUCAUCGAAAGAGGAUGUGAAAUACAUCGCUAUCGAAAAAACAUUUUUUAUUUGUUUUAUUUUUGGCCAUAUUUUGCCGGGCAGUUUUGCAAAUCAGCCCGAAAACAUAACUUGUUUCUGUCCCCUGCCUUCAUCUUUACAUGGCAUGGAUGAUAAACUGGGAAAGUAAACGCCUGUGUUUGUUUUCUAUAUAUUUAAAAAAACAAGAUAAAUAUUUUGUAAAGUGUUUUUCGUGGUGUGCCUGGGAUAUCACUAUAAUCAUAAUUUCUGGAAGUCACAGUCCAAAAUUAUAUCAUUUUCAAAUUAUUUACUUGAUUAUUUCUGAUGAUAAUCUCAAAGCACCAGGUGUGUACUUACUUUUGUACGUCAGUAUUGUCAAUGACCAGUACGGAUUUUAUGUACGUUUUAAAUGAUGUGACAGUGUUUACUUUUGGAUGUGUUUUAUGUCAUAUUUUAUGCCAGAUAUAAAUUUAGAUGUAUUGUACCAGAUGUUUUAUCAAUUGCAAUAUAACUAUGGAAGUAGAAACAAUGCAAUAAAACUAUAUUCACGAUUUUCA